AUGAACAAAUUGAUUUUAGUUGUACUUCUUGGAUUGGCAUCUGCUUAAUUAUAGAGUGUAUAAACACUUAAUGUUACAUAAUACUUGGGUAACUGGUAUGAAGUGGCCAGCAGUCCUUGGGUUCAUUUAACAUUUGAAAAAGAUGCUUAUUGCACAAGAGCAACAUAUGGUCUUUAAUCAGAUGGAAAUUUGAGUGUCUUAAAUAUGGAAAGAUAUGGAUCUCCUUAAGGUGAAGUCAAAGAAAUCACAGGAUAUGCUUACAUCCCAAAUCCAGAAUAACCAGGUUAAUUGAAAGUACAUUUGGAUGGAGCACCUUUUGAAUAUGCUGAUUAUUGGAUUGUCUAAUUAGGUCCAGUCAAAAAUGAAUAAUAUUAAUGGGCUAUAGUUAGUGAACCAUCAAAAUUCUUCAUGUGGGUUUUAGCCAGAGAUCCAGUUGAAUACAACUUAUUGUAUGCAACAUAAGUCCAAAAUACAGUUACAAAUACUUUGUAAUUCGAUGGUCGUUUCAAUUAAUAUGUUGCUAGACCAUGGACUGGAUGUGUUCCAUACAGUGAUACCUAAUGAAA